AUGGAGCAACAUAAAUAAUAUUGCAAAAUUUCAAAAUAGGAUAGAAGAUAAAUCAUACAUGAAGUACUAGUAAAUAAGAGAUUAAUACUUGAAGUUGCAAGGGAAUUCAAAGUUUUACCCUCAACUUGCAAAUCAAUUAUUAAUACAUACAUCAAGGAAGGUAGGAUUGGGAAAAAAGAAAGAAGAAUUAGAAAAUUAAAAAAAGUAACUGCAAUUUAUACAAUAACUUUAAAUCCAUUAAAUCCACUUUCAUCUACAAUAUCAACUGAAUGUGAAAUUGCAGAAGUUGAAUAGCCUUCCCUCUAAAGCAAUGUGUAAUAAUAGGAGCUUCCUUAGAAAAAACCAUACGAUUUCUUAAGCUAAUGGACUGAAAACUAUAUCCAAGAUUACAAAAAGUUCAAAUUUGGUGCAAAAUAUCAUUGA